AUGGCAAACACAGAGCAGGGAAAUCAAACAUCUGUCACGGAGUUCAUCCUCUUGGGAUUUGGGGAUCUUGUUGACCUCCAGAUCCUUCUCUUUCUGCUGUUUCUAGUGAUCUAUAUUGUGACUGUCACUGGGAACAUCCUCAUUGUGGUGCUAGUUGUGGCUGAUCAGCACCUUCACACCCCCAUGUACUUCUUCCUGGGGAACCUGUCCUGCUUGGAGACCUGCUACACCUCCACCAUCCUGCCCAGGAUGCUGGCCAGUUUCCUGACUGGGGACAGAACCAUUUCUGUCAGUGGUUGUAUUGCACAGUUUUAUUUCUUUGGUUUCCUAGUGACUGUUGAGUGUUAUCUCUUAUCUGCAAUGUCUUAUGAUCGUUACUUAGCCAUAUGUAAACCACUCAAUUAUGCAGCCAUCAUGAAUAAUGCAAUUUGUAGCCAACUAGCAGCUGGAUCUUGGAUGACUGGAUUCUUAGUUAGCAUCAUCAUCAUAUUUUUAAUAUCACAAUUAACAUUUUGUGGCCCCAGUGUAAUUGACCAUUUCUUUUGUGAUUUCACCCCAAUAAUAAAGCUAUCCUGCAGUGACACCCACAUGAUGGAACUUGUCACUUUCAUGCUGACAUUUAUAACUACCCUGCCCCCAUUUCUAUUAACCCUGGCAACCUAUGUUUAUAUUAUAUCUACCAUCCUGAGAAUCCCUUCUACCACCGGGAAGCAAAAGGCAUUUUCCAUCUGCUCCUCUCACCUGAUUGUAGUUACAAUUUUCUAUGGGGCCAUAAUGAUUGUCUACAUGAUGCCAAAAAUGGACACAUUGCGAGAUCUGAACAAAGUGUUCUCUGUCUUGUACACAGUUCUGACUCCACUGGUCAACCCCCUCAUCUACAGCCUAAGAAACAAAGAGGUGAAGGAGGCCCUGAGAAAAGCUGUCAGGAAAUGUUUGGCUUUCACAAGAAUGUAG